GAUGCUCGAGGAUAAAUCAUACGCACAUAUUGUUUCUUGGGGAGUGACCGGUGAUACAUUUGUCGUUCACGAUCCUACAGAAUUUGCCAAAACAAUAUUGCCACAACAUUUUAAACAUAAUAAUAUGGCAAGUUUUGUUAGACAACUAAAUAAAUAUGACUUUCACAAGAUAAAAAGUAACGAUGACGAAGCAAGGUCUUACAGCGAACAGGCAUGGGAGUUUCAACAUCCAAAAUUUCAGCUUAACCGUAGGGAUUUAUUAGAAGAUAUAAAACGUAAAGUUCCAACACCACGAAAUAGAACAACACAAGCAGACAGAACUAAAACUGAUGAACAACAAAUAACAGAUGAAUCUUCACCGGACGAUGGAACAAGCGGUUGCAGUACUGCUGGAAACUCGGUAGCACCCGCGCCUCCAAGCAUCCACCAAGAUCUACAUUCUCAAGUGGAAAAUCUUACAGAAUUACAUGCCGAUUUGACUGGACAAGUCAGUACUCUAUCAAGAAAUUGUGGUUCCAUUUUAGAGGAAAUAAUUACUUUUAGACGUAAUCUUGCUGCGCAAGAUGCUUUACUUAGUAAUUUGUAUCAAAUUCUGACUCAACAAUUAAGUCAAGAACGAUCUCCUCAAGAUCGUUUGUUUCAAAACGAUUCGCCUUCGCGUAACUCUUCAAU